UUCAUCGCAGGCUAGACAAUCUCCCUUCACACACACACAUCACACCAACCGAAUCGAAACAAAAUAAACAGAGAGCGGGCGCCAUAUGAUAAUCAGCAGGAGGAGAGAUUUCCCCAAACUCCCAAGAAUGUGAAAUUUAGCGUCUGCGCAGUGCAUACAUGACAUGUGCUAUCUCUCUGGCAUUCUCCAUCAGAACCAAACAGGCGGAUGCAUUUAUAGGUACAUGUGGAAUUGUGUCAUAUAAUAGAUAGUACCUACUAGUGCACUUCUGGAGUGACAAAUAAUUAAUAUUCUGGAGAGCAACUUGGUAGCAUUAUGUUGUAAUUUUGAGUGACAGACAGUAGGUAACAAGGCCAGAGCAUCCGGAAGAGUAUCGUAGAGACAAUAAGUCUAGAGAAGUUACGUAGAAUUACGAAAAAUUGCCUUUUCCGAUUUACGUUUCAUUGAAAACACUGCGUGAAGGUUUCAUAAAAGUUGGAAAUAGUAUAAAAGUGAUUUAAGGUUGAACUGUGAUAUCCUCUGUUAACAUUUGUAAACGAUAACUGAUAAGAAAAUCCGAACAAAAUGGGAAGCUUUUUCUCGCAUCCAAGUGGGGCGGAAGUUCUCAAAAAGAACCAGGAAUACAUUUCCGAGAUGAAUAAAAUCAAGAUGGAACGAUGGAUUCAGAUGCACUUUCAAAUGAAGGAACGGGAAGCGGCGAUGGAAAUUUCUCGAGCCCGUGAACUGUUCUAUUGGCUUGCGUCGUUCUAUUGUGUUUCGACGGUUGGCUUCAUCGGGCGAUUCAAUCGGACGAAACGACCGGGAACGCUGGCACCGAUAGUGCCCCUAACGUUCAUCGUGGCCUAUUAUGCCGAUUUGGCGUACGGCACGAAAGUUCAUCGAAUAAUAGCUGAAGCCGAGAUGAUCAUGCAACACGAACCGGAGCUACUGGAAUGGCCCAGUGGGUUGCCUACGAUAUCGGAAAUCGAUACCGCUCGAUUGGAGAACGAUGACAAGAUUCGUUUACAUCCCCAUCAAAACUAGAACAGGACGGAACAAAACAAUAGCUCAAAGUAUAACCAUCGCGAUUGGUGGUGGUUGUGGUGACAGUGCGAAUGACAGAGAGAUAAUACGAAGCAGUAUUACAGAAUAGGAGAAAGAUACCUUAUGCAAUAUGUAAGGUUUAAAACGGAUACACAUCAUUGCAUUGAUAAGGAUAUAUCAUUCCAAGCGACCAUAACAGCACAUUGAUAAAUCGU